AAAACAAAAUUCAAAUAGACCAUAUAAAACUGGUGCAGAAUGUAGGCAUGAAUAUUCCAUAAAGAGAUAUGAUAAAUGUGUGGUACACAUACAUUGUUCAUGUAGUUAUAUCGAUCUUGAAGAUGUAUGCGACGAGUGUCUCCCCACGAAGGAAAUGUGUAUGCAAAAUAGAAGAUCACUUGAAAUAAAAGACAGAAAUGGAAUCAUUAUUGAAAAGUAUAUAUUUGGUGACUUAAACAAGAAGAUAGGAUCGAGAAAACGAACAAGAGAUAGAACAGAAGAAGAAACAGCUGAUGAUAUAUCAAUUAUCUCUAACGAUGACAACCACUUUGGUCAUGGAAUAACCUCAUCUAAUCCUGAAAAUAGCAAAUUAUACAAUGAUGUUAAAUUCUUUGGAAAGAGGGGAACUGCAUAUUCAAUACUCAAGAAAAAUCCUAAUCUUUUUAUGAAAGCAUCCCAACUAAAAGCAUUGGAACAAGGUCGUAGAGGUUCUGAUCUUGUCAAAGUAUGGGAAAGCAUGGGGUAUGGAGAUAUAAUUACAGAUACCAAUGACCUU